AUGAGCACCCAGCAGGAAGCAAGAAGAGAUGAGGGCGACACCAGGAGAAGGGGACCGGAGGCAGAGCCGCCGCGGGACCGGGCCCCCCUGAGCCAGCAGCGGCGGCUCAAACAGGCCGCCCAGUUCCUGCACAAGGACUCGGCUGACCUGCUGCCCCUCGACAGCCUCAAGAGACUCGGUACCUCCAAGGACUUGCAGCCACACAGCGUGAUCCAGAGACGCCUGGUGGAAGGAAACCAGAGUUGGCUCCAGUGCAAGUCUCCCCUGGCGCAGGUUCCCACUCAGGGCCAGGAGAGCCCCGGCAGCAGGAGUGGGACGCUGCUCCCCGCCCUGCUCGUCAGUUGCAAGUGCCAGGACCAGCUGCUUAGAGUGGCCGUGGACACAGGUGCCCCACACAAUCAGGUCUCCUCCGCGUGCCUCAGCCGCCUGGGGCUAGGGAGGAGCGUCCUCAAAGGCCCCGGUGGGGACCUGUCCCCUGAGCCCCCGAGCCAGGUGGAGCAGCUGGAGCUGCAGCUGGGGCAGGAGACUGUGGCGUGCACGGCCCAGGUGGUGGAUGCUGAGGGCCCUGACCUCUGCCUGGGACUGCAGACGCUGCUUUCCCUCAAGUGCUGCAUCGACCUGGAACAGGGGGUGCUGAGGCUGAAGGCUGCGUCCUCAGAGCUCCCCUUCCUGCCUUUGGAUCAAGAGCCUGGGCAGUAA